AUGUCAAGCGAAGACUCUACCGCUGUUAUAAAGGAAGCAUUAACCCUAACUCCACUCGUGCAUCUCAUUCCGAAACAAGACAUUGCACCUUUGAUUUCUUCAACUUCAAUUGAUACUAUUCUGGAUGAUCUCGAAGCUUUAAAUGAAAGUGAAAAUACAGCCGCCCAUCAAGUGAGGGCGGCUAUCAAUAAUGAUCCACAAAGGUUCAAGAAAGCAAUGGAUUUUCUUGUGAACGAUUUCAAAGAGUUUGAGGAUCCAGAGUUAGAUGAGCUAUCCUUCAAAAAACCCGUUUGGUUUAAUAAGGAUCGUAAACUAGAAAAGGAAUCGGAAGCGCUUCCUCCACUAGAGAACAGGCUUCUCGAAGUUACAGAGGAAAUUAAUGACGAAUCCUUGAAGGAAUUAAAGAUUAGCUUUGAUCCCUUAGAGUUUGAUGGCUCCAGACUCUCAGUUAGAAAAUCUUACGACUUAAAUGAUAAAGCUGCAAUAAAAAGGCAUAACGAAGUAUAUCGCCAAAAAUUUCAGAAAGAAUAUAAUAUGAUGAUUACGAAUAUGUCUCCUCUCGGUGGAGAAUUAAGUAUUCAUUCACUGUCAAAGCUACCAAAGAAGCGGCCUAUUGAUAAGGCAUCUCAGGGUCCACCUUUAAAAUUGCAACAUCUUUCAAACGAAAGUAUAGUCAAAGCAUCCAGCGAGGGCCUUCUUCGAUUUCUUAAUGAAGUAGAUAACGACGACGACUCCUCCGCUUUUAAUUUAAAUGAGUCAGGAAAGAAGAUUAUCUCAGCAGAUGCCCUUCAAUUUAUUCACGAUCAUUUGCUUCGUAUUGUAAACGAUCAAAUCGUUGACAGUUUUGAUAUAGAAUACCUUUUACAGAUCGAAAGUCUAUGCUUUACCUCUGUUAAUGAUGGAAUGGAGAUCAACUGGCAUCAGAUUGUUGAGUCAAUCACACAAAAUUCUAGAGCAGAAGACAUCGGUCCUGAGUCCUUACUGCUAUUUGAUAGUGCGUCGACGUGUUUGCUAGCGGCUAAGAUGAUUGCUUAUUUACUAACCGGGCGGCAAAAUCAUAAGAGGUUAUACAUCGAUGAAUAUUUGAGGGGAAUUAUAGAUUUGAUUUAUUCUCUUUGUCAAGAUUUGUUACUUCCACUAGCUUCCAAGUCUUUUGGAAACAAUAAAUUGGUUAGCACAUUGAAGAUAAGUUCUUCGAACAUAGUAUGUGAAAUCAGUCUUAUACUACACCUACUUUCGCAAUAUGUUUGUGAAAAUGACGUUGAUGAGCACACUUUAACUAGAUUGGAAUAUUUGUCAGUAUUAAUCGUCUUUUCGGAGUCUAGUAUGAAAGAUAAAGAGUCAGCAAUAUCUCAUAGUAACUUUGAAAAUUUGCGUAUAAAUGCUUGUAAUAUUCUUAUAAGUAUUUAUAAAAGUAAAUCGGACCAAAGAAAGUUUAUCUUACACGAGAUUUUAUCUGAAAUAUAUAAAGCUUCAACGCAAAGAGUUCAAGCAAGACAGUUUAAAUUGACAAGGGGUGGUAGUGUACAGCUUGUGACUGUUCUUCUUAUGUCAAUUCUCCAUAGUCAUGACUUACAUAGAUUAGCAGAAACUGCUAAUGAAGCUAUACAUAGUUUGAUGAAAGAUGAAAGCAAAGACAUUAUUUUUCAAAACAAAAGAGUCCUGCUCUUUGAAAGUGCCGAAGCCAUUUUAUCGGAAGCAAAUCUGGUUUCGGAUUCGAUUGCUUCAUCCUUAAUUUCAAAAUUGGUGCAAUCUCCUGAUCAGCAUCACAAGCAAGUUUUGGAGCUUCUAGUAGAAGACCUAUUAAGUAUGAUAACAUAUCCAGAAUGGCCUGGAGCCGAGCUUUUAGUUGUGUCGAUUACAAAGGCUCUUUUAUCACUCAUUCAAAGUGGAACGAAUGCUCUGUUGAUAGAAUCAUUUGCGUUAGAGAUUUCUGGAUCGAUUGGUGUCAAAAUCCUCUCAUUAAGGCAAAGCGUAGAUCAGUUUCAAGAACUAGAACUCAAUAGCUCACUGGAAGAUAUAGAUCAUUACAAAGAUUCUAUGGGUGACGCUCUCGAAUAUGUUCAGCUCCAAGCUGGGAAAAGCUCCGCAUAUGUUCUAUCAUUUCGAUUUCUCCUUUUGAGAUUCAUAUGUGGUAUUCGACCCACAUUUUCGAAAAUCAAUGAUAAUGAACUGUCAGAUCAGCUCGCUAUUUUGGCUUCCGAUCCGGAUAGCUCUAUGACCAAAUUAUCAAAUGUUUCAUCCUUUAAUGCUUUGUAUGAUUAUUUGUUUAAUGUCGUAUCAGAAGGUUCAGUUAAAUUGAAUCAAGCUCUCACUGCAAAUAAAGAUUCGCUGUCAGUGCAGUCAUAUUUAAGUAUUGUUGCACCUCAAGAUUUGAUACCAUUGUAUGACAGGUUUUUGUCAGUAAUCAUCAACAACUUAGACAGUAAUAAGAUCAAGUCUAAGACUAAGUGCGUGAAGAUAUUGACUUCUCUCAUUGAUAAAGACCCUACUUUGUUGGUUUCACCAAGAAUAAGAGAGUCAAUCUCGAGAAGAUUGUUAGAUAGCUCUCCACUUGUUAGAGAUGCUGUUAUAGACUUAAUCAGCAAAUACAUAAAUUCAAAACCUGAGGUGAUUGAACAGUUCCAUGUUCCAAUAUGCGAGCGGCUCAAUGAUGAUAGUGUUCAGGUACGCAAAAGAGUUAUGAAGCUUUCCCGUGAUAUGUAUAUACAUACAGAGAAGAGAUCAGUGAAGGCGAUUAUCGCAAACAAGAUAUUAAGGAGACUCGAUGAUGAAGAUGACACUGUCCAAAGCUUGGCCAGAUCAUCUUUAUUAGACCAUUGGUUUAUAUCAUUGGCAUCUGAAGUUCAUGACAAUGGUACUUCAUCAAUUGCGUCAGCAACAAUAUCGCGCGUUGAGGUGAUGAUGGAUAUCGUAAGCUCGGGUACAAAAAACUUCGCUUAUUUGGAAAAGUUUUUGACAGAAUCUGUACUUGAUUCUGGAGAUGCCAGAAUCAUUAACUCUGUCAAAUUAAUUAUUGAUAAAUCUUUGGACUUCAUAAUUGACUCAUCUGAUACUAAAAUCCACUCGCAAAUUGAAAAAGCUUUGAGGCUCAUAUCGUUGCUCGUGAAAUGUAAGGGAACUUUGAUUUCACAAGACCAAUUAGUAUCUUUGCAGCCUUAUUUGGUCGAUGAACAAAACUCAGGAGAUGCUGUCUGUUUUUAUAGCCUUGAGAUCUUGAAGUAUACUCUCCCGAAUUUUAGGACAUUACGGCCCGAAUUCAUUAAUACUAUUCAAUCGCAUUUAUUACGAAAACUUAGCAAGUUGCAUGUUCGAGAAUUGCAUGAAGCUAUGCCAUGUGUUUGGAAACUUUGUUUAAUGAAAAACAAUACUGUGAAAUUGGCGAAUGCCUCUAUAUCUUGUCUAAAGCUAUUGAGACCUUAUAUUGGAUCACCCAAGACUGCCCCCAAACCAGAUUCUAAGCUUCCGAAGCUUCUUCAUUUAAUAGGCUGUUUUGGUUCCUACUGCGAUCUCGAGAGGCACAGAGAAACUUUUCUAAAUUCGUCCAUUGGCAUGAAGGAGAAGGAGAGCGUCAUCACAGUAAUCAUCAAAUUUCUUUUGUUUUUCUGUGGGACCACUUUUGAAGGCUCGAUACGAAAUUCAGCAAUUAAGAAUAUAAUGUCUGUAUGUGCAAUUCAUCCCAAGCUCUUGAUGUCAGAUCCUAUACUUAAGGUCUUAGAUCGCGAAUUUAAGAAUAAAGAAAUGUUAACAAAACAUACUAUAAUUCAAGGAAUUAUGGACUUUUUGAGAGCAGAGGAUAGUAAAUCACAGAAGAUGAAUGGAUUGGAGCAGAAAUCCUCUACUGACAUUAAACUUGAUGUUGCUGUAUUUCAUGGAGUGGCUCUGUCGUACAUCACUGAUGGUAUAUGUGCUGCAAUCGUCCAACGGUACAUUGAACAAAUCCUUGAUUUGUGCUUGUAUGAUUCGGGCUCAUUCUCAUUUCUUCCAAUUCAGUUUUUGCAGCUUGUCCAAAGACUAGGUUUCGCCAAUCCGAAAAUAUGCGUUCCAACUGUCAUUGCUUUAGAGUCUAGCACUAAUCCUUAUAUCAAACGUCUUGCUACGGAGAUACACGAAGACCUUUACGAGAGACAUGAGUCUUUGACUGAUACCAGUUAUUAUGAGGGCAUAAAAUUGGCGGUGAAAUACAGAAAGGGUACGUCUGAAAGUUUUUAUGAGGAAAGAUUUUUCAUUGAAAGUUUAUAUUCAAUAGUAAAGGGGAGCUACUCGUCACGGAAAAAAUUCUUACAAUCAUUGAUCAGAUUAUUUCAUAUCGAUUUCAAGGAUGACAUAAAUGAGAGUUUAUUUGUUCGGGAUACAAUUGCUUAUUUGGCAUAUAACAUUUCAAUACUUAGCUUCAGUACAUUAGAGGAAGCUCUUAUGCUUGUGGAUAGCUUGGAUAAAAUAAUAUCCGCCCAAGGAAUGGAUUUAGAAGAUAGAUUGAAGGAAAACAUGGAAGCAGUUGUUAAUGAUGAAACUCAAAAACUCAGCAUCAUUGCCCAAGGUUUGAUAGUUAUCAUGGUCCUUCGAAACCACUUAAUUUCUGUCUAUUCGUUACAAUCAGAGCAAUUGGAAAGGUACCAUCCUAAUAAACCUGAUAUGGAGUUGAGGCAAGCGCCAAAACUCAUUCAUCUAUUUCCACUCAAUUUGGAAGUUAGAGACGUCAAUGUCGAUCUAAAUGACUCCAAUAGUAUUCAAAUGCUGCUUACCAGGUUUUUGCAAGCGAUUCAUGAAUACAAUCAAUAG